AUGGAAGACUUUGAAGAGAACAAUUACAAUAUAAGCUAUUCUUCUAUAGACAAUAAUGAAAUAGACGAUUUAUCUGUGGAUUCUUCUUGUAUUAAUAAUGAUACUAUGAAAGUAAAUGAAACCGGCGAACCAUUACAACCACAUACUAGGUCUUUUGUAUGGAAGUAUUUUGUAAAGGAAAAAAAAACUUCUUAUGCAAGAUGUACUCUUU